AUGGAGAAGCUGCACACUGAAGAUGGACAAAUCUUCAUUAAAAACCUGGCCAGCUUCGUCCGCACACAUGAAAAAGCGCUCGCCAACGCGCUACAACUCCGGCGCCAGUCUAAUGCCGGAACCCCACAGCCACCCACUGGCGCAACCUCUACAGCCGCCUUCUCUUCCACCUCAUUAGCUUCGGCCCUCUCCUUUGGGGCAUUGAAAUUCGCAUCGCAGAAUAUCAGACCCGCCAAGCUGACUCUCACCCCUCAUCACCUCUUCUACCUCCUGUCCCGCUUCGAAGACCUAUCCAUUGCCGUGGGGCCUAUGAACGUCCGGCUGGAGAACAUUCAUACUGAUGUCUCCCAGUCCUAUGUUUCCUUCUUGAAUAAACCCCAGCGGUCAAAGGGUGGUGAUGGAGCCUCCAUUCACUCCGUAUCCAGCGUGCGUAGCGUUAUGUCGGGCAUGAGUGGCCUUUGGUCCUCAUUCGGUCUCGGAUCCAAGGAUGCGGCUUCUAAGUCUGAAAAGGCUAAGCUGGCCCUGGAGGCGGACUUGAAGUAUCUCUACUCUGCCUUUACUAAGAUUCCCUGUCUACGAUUGGCCCCUGAUCACCGUGCCUGUUUGAUCCGUGGCUAUGAAGAAUUUCCCUUCGACACGGCUGUGCCGCUUCAUUCCUUCAAAAACUUGAGCGCUUUAGAGAUCAUUGAUAUAGAUUAUCGUUCUUUCUACGGCUGGGACCGGCUGUCGGAGCAACUGCGCACCCUGUCGAUCAAGCGGGCUCAUCUGGAUGACCCGACGGAUCUACUGACACGAAUCGUAUUGGACGAUAUGGACAAGCGUCGUCGACGUCCCGCAAAGACCCAACAGUCCCCACCACUUGGAUGGAACAACAAUUCCACUACUCAGCCUGCCCACGCCCACGGGCAUAACUCUCUCUCGGCUCCCGGUUCCCCUAUCGCCGACACGGCGCUUGCAACCAGCACCAGCCCCAAGUCUGUCCCGAUGAUUCGAGCCGGGUCCGAAGGAGCAAAGGUUCACCGUGCAAGGGCCGAGAGCACUUCGCCGCAACGUCCGACGACCAGGCAUGGUCACCGUCGAGGUCAGUCAGCUCGUAUACGUCGUACCGGCUCGGGAAGUUCCAAUUCCAGUGAUACAUCAGGUGGCGGCCGGGCUGGGAGCUCAGCGACACUGUUGCCGGGUAUCCUUCCCCCUACAAAGUGGCGGUUUCUGCGUCAUCUUGGCCUGCCAGAUAACUCCUUGACCUCGAUUUCAGCGGAGAGCUUGGCCCCUGUGGCUAAUACUCUAAACUCUCUGGACCUUUCCUCCAAUCUUCUCACUGAAAUCCCGGACAGCUUGGCAACUCUGAUGUCACUUCGUGCUCUUAACCUAUCUCACUGUAUGAUUGACUCGAUGCACUCUCUUACUCGAAACCCUCUUCCGGCCAUCACUGCUCUGAAUCUUCGCGGCAACCGACUUCGUUCGUUGGCUGGUAUUGAGCGCCUGCUGUCUCUGGAGAGGUUGGACCUCCGUGACAACAACCUGAUGGAUCCGACGGAAAUGGCACGCCUCACCAGCCUCCCUGAGAUACGGGAGAUCUGGGUGUCUGGCAACCCGUUCGUUAAGACCCACUCGGGAUACCGUGUCGUGAUUAUGAAUCUUUUCCGUCGCACUCCUGGCUAUGCUGAGGACAUCAUCAUCGACGGUCGGGGACCCGGCUUUACCGAGCGAAAGCAACUUGUUGACCGAGUCGCAGAGCCGGACGCUGCUCCUGUGGUGCGUUCCAGCGCAGCUGAUGAAGUGACCGUAGUACAGAAGCCUGCUGCUACGAUCAUCCAGGGAAAGCCGCUGCCCAAGACUCCCGACGAAGAGACUGAGCCGGCACCAACCAAGGCACCAGCACAAGAAUUGGAUGGCACCAAUCGACGGAAGAAGAUUCAGCGACGCCGGAUCAUCGAUCUGUCGACAGAUAACCCAUUCACUUCGGACGGCUUGGGUAGUCCAGGCCCCACAGUGCCCCCACUCUCUCCCACCCAGCAAAUACAUGCCCCAACUCAAAUACCUUUUGUGCUUCCACAUGAUCCAUGGAAGCAGGAUAGUGCCGCACAGUCCGGAUCUUCCAGUCUCCUGGGUCUUGCAAAGCCGGGAAAUUCAUCCAGUCCUCCUCUGCUGCAGGCGACUACAGCGCAACCGACUACAGCGCAACCUCCCACCCCAGACUGGGUCUUAGACCAAGAGCUCUGCCGCCAGCAGCUUGAAGCUCUCCGUCAAGAUGUAGGUCAGACCUGGCUUAACGUCCUAGGGGACCACUCCUGGGACAGUCCUCAAACAGAGCUUGCGGCCCAUCUAGCUGGACCCGGCUUGGAUCACUCCCCACUCCCAGCCACUUCCAUUCGAACUAACAGCCAUGCUAUUCUGAGCGCCGGCCAUACGUUGGGAGGAUAG